UCAGCUACAGUAACCCGUCCACAGGCUCGUUUCUCUCUCUAUCUCUAUCUUUAGUUUCUCUUCCGUACAGAUUAUGGGAGCUUGAAAACGAAUAUGGUUAGUAGCAACAGCUAGACCUGUUAAAAGUGAACACAGUUUGUUCUCCCUUCUCACCACGCUUGCCACCGAAUCACUCAGAGAUCAUGCCAGAAUGGGUGGAGAAGAUGGGACGGCUGGUUACGGUCGAGCCGGUCAUUUUCUGGUACAUGACCAGUACCUUCAUCGUGACCCCGGCUUAUCAACAGCUGAUCAUCAACAAGGUCUGCUACGAGCUCUUCGACGACAAGUCCAUCUGCAUCAAUCCAGAGCACAAGCACCACGAUGACAAGGAGAUCCAGCAGCGCACCUCCCUGGUGCUGCUGCUCUACAUGGCCAUCCUCAGCCUGGUCUCCGUCACGCCGGCCCUGCUCCUGGGCUCCUGGUCGGACAGCGCCGGCCGCCGCUCCGUCAUGGUCCUCCCGUCCGUGCUGUCGCUGGUGGCGGGCGCCGUGCUCAUCUGCAUGGACCAGCUGCCGCAAGUGGACGUGCUGUGGGUGCUGGCGACGGCCGCCAUCGUCGGCCUCACCGGCGGCUACGUCUCCAUCUUCCUCAGCUGCUUCAGCUACCUGGCCGACGUGACGGCCGUUUGUGGCGCCAACAAGACCAGGACCGUCCGCAUGGCCGUGGCCGAGUCCAUGAUCUUCGUCGGCGGAACGGUGGGCUUCCUGCUGGGCGGGUUCCUGGAGAAGAACUACGGGCUGACGGUGGCGUUCGGGACCUACAUGGCCUGUCACGUGAUCAUCAUCCUGUACGUCGGGCUCUGGCUGCGGGACCCCAGGCCAGCUGCCAGGAGACCCAGCUCCCCCCCGAAGGAUGACGCCAAGCAGGAGGAUGGCGAGGCGGAGGUCACCAAGCCUACAGGGUCUCGACUGUUUCUACUCGACUACCUGAAAAGGACCCUGCGCUCAGUCUUCAGAAGGCGGCCGGGACAGGAGAGACUGAAGCUCUUCCUGCUCAUUAGCUGUUCUUUCCUGAACAACCUCGUGGCAGUGGGGGAACAGUCGAUCCUCCUUCUCUAUCUGAUGUACGAGCCCAGGGAGUUUGACACAGAGAUGUUUGGGAUCUUCAACUCUGUCAAGAUGUUGCUCCUGGGGUGCUGUUUGCUGGGCCUGUUCCCCCUGUUACUGCGCUACGUGGGAGAGAUGACCCUGGCCAAGCUGAGCGUGGUGUUCAGGGCGGCGUCCUUCGUCCUCCUGGCGUUCUCCACCAACACGUGGAUGGUGUUCAUAGUGGCAGUGUUAGGAGCUCCUGCAGGAAUCAAUCAAGCUGUCAUCCGUUCCCUGUCCUCUGCUAUUGUGGAGCCAGAUGAGCAAGGUGCCAUGUUCUCUUUCUCGGCGUCCGUGGAGGCCACCUGCAUCCUCUUCGCCGCUGUCAUCUUCAACGGCAUGUACCCUCUGACCCUGCCCACCUUCCCCGGGAUGCCCUUCAUCGUCAUGGCCGGCUUCUGCCUCAUCGUCCUCAUCCUCAUGCAAUGGGUCAGUGAGAUGCAGACCACUCAUCCACGUCUGGUGAUCCAGGACUGAAUCUCCACAGAUGGGUCAGUGAGAUGCAGACCACUCAUCCACGUCUGGUGAUCCAGGACUGAAUCUCGAAAGUAGAUCUGGUCUGGAUAAAUGUAUCUCAACCUGGGCUAAACCUCAUUCCUCUGGACCAGGUCUGGAGGGAACCUCCUCCUUCUCUUUUCUCCCCCUCCUCAUCCUCAAGACCGCUGAGGAGGAGCUGACCACGUGGUUUGGUGAAUGUGAGGGUUUUUAAUGUUUGGGAACGCACAGAGCUGAUGCACAAACUACCAGCAUCAUGUAUGUCAGACGUUAGACAUCUAGCAUAGCAUAGCAUAGCAUAGCAUAGCAUAGCAUAGCAUAGCAUAGCAUAGCAUAGCAUAGCAAAGCAUAGCAUAGCAUAGCAUCCCAUUACAGUCACCACAGGACUAAAAAUUAAGCACCGUAAUAAAUCAGUGAAAAUGAAUGGUAAUGACAUAUAAUGAUGAGUGAAAGAUGUGAUGAGCACAACACAUGGGUGGACUGUGGGCUCAGGGGCAAACACACAGCCUUCCCUGUCAUGCCAAAUGCUCCACACUGUGUGUCUUUGAUGGCACUUUUAAUGGAGGUCUCCCUUUAAUCAAUAUGUGUACAUAUGAAUGUAAGAUUUGACACUUCUGCCCUUUCGUGACACUUUUUGUAAAUGCCAUGUAAAAUGUGAAAAUAACUGAAAGGACAUUGGUGUAUGAAAUAGUAUUUUUGCACUGGAGAUUUAAACAAUGUUAAUAAACAAACAUAUUGAAUAUUA